AUGACUACCACUGCUAAACCUUAAUGGAAAGAUAUCGUUGAUGAAGACGAUGAUUAAGAAGAAGUCACCGAAAAGAAGGAACAAGUUGUUGAAAACACCACCUCUGCCAUAACAACUGCUACCCAACCUGCUAAGGAAGGUGAAGCCGAUAAGAAAUACGGUGCUAAGAAGCCCUUCGGUAAGAAGCCUUACAAUAAGGGUGCUCCUAAGCGUAAAUAUAAGGUUGAAUAUCUUGAAACAAAGUCAGCUGGUAUUAAGACUGCUAAAAACGUCUAUGAUAUGGAAUCUAGCUCUGAAGAAGAAGGAGAAGAAGAAGAAACUGCUGAAGGUGUUGAAGCCCAAGAAAAGGUUGAAAAGAAGAAAGUUGAAAAGGUUGAAAGUGAAAAGGAAGAAGAAGAAGAAGAAGUUGAACCUAUUAAGGAUGAACCCGAAGCUGAAACCAAGAAGGCACCUAAGGAAGAUAAAAAGUCAAAGAAGUAACAAUAAUUAGAAUAAUUAAAUGCAAUUCAAGCUGCUUUGAAGGAAGCUGGAUUACCCCUCCCCGCUGAAAACAAGGAAGAAUCUGCUUAAUAAGAAGGUGAAAAGAAGAAGAAGAAAAAAAACAAAAACAAGGAAAAUGGUGAAAAGAAAGAAGAAAAGACUGAGCAAAAGGUUGAAGAAAAGGUUGAAUAAAAGACUGAAGAAAAGACUGCUGAAUAAAUCCAAAUUGAUGCUGCUGCUGCUGCCAAGGAAGCCUUAUAAAAGAGAGCUCAACAAUAAUAAGCCCAAAAGAACAAAUCUGCCAUUGAAAUAGCUAAGGCUAAAUAAGAAAUCUUAAAUAGAUAAAAUAAGGUUAAGAGAGCUCAAGGUAAAAAGAAAGAAGAUCUCUGA